AUUCUAUGUUUCUAAAUGAUAUGGGCUGGAAGCAUUGACCUGCUAAGGUUAAGUGUCUCUGUUCAUGAUGAUCUCUCAUUCUCUGCACUCCUCUUCCUGUGUGUUCAAGUUGUUCCCACCGUUUACACCAUUUACAUGGGAAAAGACAAGUAUGAAAAUGAAGAUCUAAUAAAGUAUGGCUGGCCUGAAGAUAUCUGGUUUCAUGUGGAUAAGCUCUCUUCUGCACAUGUAUAUCUUCGGUUGCACAAGGGGCAGACAGUGGAUGACAUUCCUAAAGAAGUUCUGAUAGACUGUGCCCACCUGGUGAAGGCUAACAGCAUCCAAGGUUGCAAGAUGAACAACGUUAACGUGGUGUACACACCAUGGACCAACCUGAAGAAGACUGCAGACAUGGAUGUGGGGCAGAUUGGGUUUCAUAGGCAGAAGGAUGUGAAAAUGCUGACAGUGGAGAAGAAGGUGAACGAGAUACUGAACCGAUUAGAGAAGACAAAAGUGGAACGUUUCCCAGACCUGGCUGCUGAAAAGGAGGCCCGUGACAGAGAGGAGAGGAAUGAGAAGAAAGCCCAAAUCCAGGAGAUGAAGCGGAAGGAAAAGGAAGAGAUGAAGAAGAAGAAAGAGCUGGAAGAACUUAGGAGUUACUCAUCGUUAAUGAAGGCUGAGAAUAUGUCCUCCAAUCAGGAUGGCAACGAUUCCGAUGACUUUAUGUGAAUAAAGUCGCUCUCCUUUCUCAAUCCAAGGUGGUUUGGGAUGUCUUAAUGUCACCGUUGCUAAGAAUGCCAAAAAAUCAAACCAAAUAAGUGAACUCUGACUCCAUUUCUUCAGAAGCUGGUAGAUUCUCCUGGUGUCCCGACCAACCCUGAGCCACGGACAACUUCUGGAUGGAGAAGAUCUCUUUGUCUGCACAUACAUCUCUUUUUUUCAGGGACGUAGGUGUAAGGAAGCAAAAUUGAAUUUCAGUUCUACAAAGACAAUGCUAUUUAUUCUAGGAAGGGAGUUGCUGUAGCUUUUAAUUGAAUGAGAUUGAAAGAAUUUGUGCUGUCUCACUGCUGUCCUGGCAGCUUCGUGCUCCUGAAAGAGAUGCCAUUAAUUUGGCAUCGCUGGUGAGCCCCAAAGCCACACUGCUGACUGCGCAGCUCUUAUCCCUGUGGUGGUGAAAGGCAGCAAAGCAAGGAGAAUUCCCCCAAAAUGUGGGGUUUCCCACUUUGACAAGCUCACAGCUGCUUUGCAGACCCACCUGGCAGUAAGUGUGGCAGUUGGUUGCCACUUGUUAACCACAGAGCUGCAGCUGGUGAAGGCUUCCAGCUGAUGGUGCAACCUACGUGAGCAUGUCAGUGUGGGCUGUGAUAUGUGCCUUUCAGCACAGGAUGAGAACAGCCCCAGGGUGUCAUUCUUUUGAAUUACACUUUAUUUCUGGGCUGUUUCUUGGGAACCUUCUCUGCAGAGAAAAGCUGACAAAGAAGGGUUUUAUGCAGCCUGUCCUGUUCAGAGCUCUCUGUAAGGUUUUGUGGAGAAGUCUGUACGAAGCUAUCACGAUAAUUGUUGCAGCACAUGUAUAUAUGUUAUGAUUAAAUUCAUACCAGGCUGGUAAAA